CAACGACUCAUCAACCUCUAAACCCCGCGUUUAAUCCUCGCCCAAGAUGGUCUACUAUUUCACUUCCAAUACCGUGUCUCCAGCAGCCUUCAUAUACGUUGGCAAAGACAAGGUAGAAAAUGAGGAGCUUAUCAAAUAUGGCUUUAAUGAAGAUAUCUGGUUUCAUGUGGAUAAUCUGUCGUCGGCGCAUAUCUACUUGAGGCUUCCCGAAGGAGAAAAUUGGGAGAAUAUUUCACCCGAGUUACUGCAGGAUUGCGCGCAGUUGACCAAGGCUAAUAGUAUUGAUGGCAACAAGAAAGAUAAUGUUACGAUAGUCUACACACCUUGGUCAAAUUUGAAAAAGGAUGGGAGCAUGGCUGUGGGUCAGGUGGGUUUCAAGGAUCAGAGGAAGGUUAAGCGCAUCCAUGUCGAGAAACGAGAGAACCCAAUCGUCAACCGGCUCAACAAGACUAAGAGCGAGAAGUAUCCAGACCUAAGGCAAGAGAAGGAAGAUAGGCAGAAGGAGCUAAGGCUACGAGAUAGGGUUGCGCAGCAGGCUAGACAAAAAGAGGAAGCUCGAGUUGCAAGGGAGAGAAAGGAGAAGGCUUGGCAGAGAGACCAUGCGUACGACGACCUGAUGGCUGAGGAGAAUGUUGCGCAGUCAAGCAACCAAGACCGGGAUCCGGACUUCCUUGACGACUUUUUUUAGUCGUUCUCUUCUCGGUCUCUACAUAUCCUCAGAUGCAUGAAGCCAGCACCUCCGCCCAGACUCAUAGGACUGCUUUAGCCGAGACACGAUAGCAGUUCGCGAGUGAUUGACCAACUGCCUUUGGCCAAAUCGGACGGGAAUGGCGCUGACGAUGGUGUUGGAAACUGUCAAUUCGGGUCUCGAACUAUCAUUGCCGGAAGGC